AGAAAUUAGAGAGAGAAAGAAAGGUUUUCAAAAAAUAAAAAUUCCAUUUUAUAUUUCUUCUUCUCGGGUUAUGUCUGCAUAAAUAUUAGGGUUUCAUUUUUUCUCUAUUAUUCUGUUCGGAUCUUGAGUAUUUUCAACAACAGACUUCAGAGUUUUCUCAUUCUCAGGCUUGACAAUUUUCAUUUUGGGAAAGUUAACUUGGUGGAUUUUGACUAAAAAGGGUUUUGUUGAAAAAUUGGAAUCUCGGGUGCUUGUGAAUUGUAAUGACUACACGAACAUCAUGGGCAGAUUUGGCUGCAAAUUCUGCAGCUGAUAAUGUAGGUGUUGGUUCUUCAUCUGAUAGCAACAAAGCUGCUGGUUCCGGUGGUGAUCAACCUGUUUAUGUGCCUCCACAUCUCCGUAAUCGCCCGCCCUCUGCAGACCCACCCACUCCUACUUCCACUGGCCCUGCUUCAAGUAAUGACCGACCUGGACAAGGGGGAUCUCGUUGGGCUGCUCCUAGGAAUGAUUAUAACAACCGAUCGGUGUAUGGUGGUGGUCGACCUGGUGGGUGGGGUGGCAGAAGUGGUGGUUGGGAUCGUGGGAGGGAUAGGGAAGUUAAUCCAUUUGGAAAUGAUGAUGAUGAUACAGAGCAAGCGUUUAGUGAACAAGAGAACACUGCAAUCAACUUUGAUGCCUAUGAAGACAUUCCUGUGGAGACAAGUGGUGACAACAUUCCACCAGCCGUUAAUACUUUUGCAGAGAUUGACUUGGGUGAAGCUCUGAAUCUAAACAUCCGAAGGUGCAAGUAUGUGAAGCCGACACCUGUUCAGCGGUAUGCCAUCCCCAUUUCACUCGCAGGACGGGAUUUGAUGGCAUGUGCUCAGACUGGCUCUGGAAAGACAGCUGCCUUCUGUUUUCCAAUUAUCAGUGGAAUUAUGAGAGGCCCAGUUCCACAAAAAUCAUUACGUGGAGCACGCACAGUUUUCCCAUUAGCUCUUAUUCUCUCUCCUACUAGGGAGCUGUCAAUGCAAAUACACGAGGAAGCCAGAAAGUUCUCUUAUCAAACAGGUGUUAAGGUUGUUGUUGCUUAUGGGGGUGCUCCUAUUAACCAACAGCUGAGGGAACUCGAAAGAGGUGUUGAUAUUCUUGUGGCAACACCUGGAAGAUUGGUAGAUUUGCUAGAGAGGGCUAGAGUUUCUCUAGAGAUGAUCAGGUACUUGGCCCUUGAUGAGGCAGACAGAAUGCUGGACAUGGGUUUUGAGCCUCAAAUAAGAAAGAUUGUGGAACAAAUGGACAUGCCUCCACCUGGUGUUAGACAAACAAUGCUCUUCAGUGCCACCUUUCCAAGAGAGAUACAGAGACUGGCGUCUGAUUUUCUUGCCAAUUAUAUUUUCUUGGCUGUGGGGCGAGUUGGAUCAAGUACGGAUUUGAUUGUACAAAGAGUAGAAUUUGUUCAAGAGUCGGACAAAAGAAGUCACCUUAUGGACCUUCUUCAUGCUCAGAGAGCAAAUGGUGCCCAGGGCAAGCAAGCUCUUACAUUAGUUUUUGUCGAGACAAAAAAGGGAGCCGAUUCACUGGAACAUUGGCUCUGCAUGAAUGGUUUUCCUGCAACUACCAUUCAUGGUGAUAGAAGCCAGCAGGAAAGAGAACAAGCAUUACGGUCAUUUAAAAGUGGUGCUACCCCGAUCCUAGUAGCUACUGAUGUGGCAGCUCGUGGUCUUGAUAUUCCUCAUGUUGCACAUGUGGUGAACUUUGACCUUCCAAAUGACAUUGAUGACUAUGUUCAUCGAAUUGGAAGAACAGGGCGUGCAGGCAAAACUGGUUUGGCCACAGCAUUCUUCAAUGAUAACAAUGCUUCUUUGGCAAAGUCAUUAGCUGAUCUAAUGCAAGAAGCGAAUCAAGAGGUGCCUGCUUGGCUCACUCGAUAUGCAGCUCGCUCAUUUGGAGGGAGGAAUCGUCGCCAUGGAGGAGGAGGCCGGUUUGGUGGGCGUGACUUUAGGAGGGAUUCAUCUUUCAACAGGGGCGGAUCAGAUUACUAUGGUGGAGGCAAUAAUGCAGGUGGGUAUGGUGGUGGCUACAGUGCUAACGUUGCCAGUGCAUGGGAUUGAUAAACUCUCAUUUCUUUGUUAGUUCUCUCAGCGUCUAAUAGUUGCAGAGCUUCCCAUUCAAUCAUAGGGACUUUUUUUUUCUUGGGUUUACUUAUCUUUUGCUCUUAAUCUUAGUAAUCGUCGUUUUAUACAUUAGGAGGGUUUUUAUGACUGGCGGCAUGUCGGUGUUUGAAAGAGUCAAAAAGGAGUAGAAGUUGAGUGUAUUGUGUUUAGUAGGGCAUUGGUGAAGAAAUUCUAACCAAAAAUAGGGAUCACUUCAUACUCCUCAGUUGCUGUCAUUUACUGGUGAUCUUGUUAGCUGAUGGAAUGGGUUGUAGUGUAUGUGGUGGGAGAGAGGAGCAACAUCCUGUCUGCCAUUCCAUUUCGUAUAUACCUCCUCCUCUUGCUGAUGUUAGUGGUGGCGAUAAGACAGUGGUUUGAGUCGUGUUUUAGUAUCAGUUGUACUGUACUGUACUAUAUUGUAAUGGUAUCAUUUGUGGAAAAUGAAAUCUGGGGGGUUCUUUAAGA